UUCCAUUCAGCUGCUAGAACAUUAAUCAAACUUUUUAGGUCGUAUAGUUCUUCAAAAGAGAGAUAAAAAGCAUUAUUGUUUUAGUGCAGACAAAAGUUUUUUUUAUGAAAAACAUGAGAAGUGGAGAAGUCCUUGCACUGUUUGUAUGGAUGCACUGUCUGCUGACUUGCUACAAAGUCAUAGCUGCUACUGAGCCAACCACUACAACAGCAAAUUUAUUUGGGGGGAAAACUGAUUUCAAAGAUAUUGAAAGCAAAUUUGCACUGCGCACUCCAGAUGAGCCGGAUGAAGAUACCUGCUACCUUAUCCCUGGGCAGGAACAGUCUAUUACAGAAUGUAAUUUCAACCAAACAAGCAAAACAUUUGUGGUUAUACAUGGAUGGACGGUAACUGGAAUGUAUGAGAGUUGGGUUCCUAAGUUAGUAGAUGCCCUGUAUAAAAGAGAGCCGGAAUCAAAUGUGAUUGUGGUAGACUGGCUAUCUCGAGCACAGCAGCACUAUCCAGUUUCAGCUGGAUACACACAACUGGUGGGACAGGAUGUUGCAAGUUUUAUUGACUGGAUAGAAGAAAAGCUCAACUACCCUGUGGACAACAUUCACAUUUUGGGAUACAGUCUUGGUGCUCAUGCAGCAGGUGUCGCUGGGAGUCUCACAAACAAUAAAGUUAAUAGGAUAACAGGUUUAGAUCCAGCUGGGCCGAGUUUCGAAUUUGCUGAGACAUCCGUCAUUUUAUCUCCUGAUGAUGCAGAUUUUGUGGAUGUGGUGCAUACAUACAGUGUGGGUUCUCCAGACCACAGUAUAGGCAUCCAAAGGCCUGUUGGACAUAUUGACAUUUAUCCUAAUGGUGGGAGCUAUCAGCCAGGAUGCAAUGUUGGAGAUACACUUUGGCUAAUGGCAACAAAAGGUCUACGAGGCAUCGUAGACAUUGACCAGAUUGUGAAGUGUUCCCAUGAACGGUCCAUCCACCUCUUCAUUGACUCUCUUCUUAAUGAAGAGAAGCCAAACAUGGCCUUUCGCUGCAAUUCAAAGGAAGCCUUCGAUAAAGGACUUUGUCUAAGCUGCAGAAAAAAUCGCUGUAAUACACUUGGUUACAAAGUCAAUAAGAUACGUGGGAAAAGAAGUACCAAGAUGUUCAUGAAAACUAGCGCUCAGAUGCCUUUUAAAGUGUUCCACUAUCAAGUGAAAGUCCAUUUCUUUGCAAAGAAGAACCUUACUGUCACCAAGCAACCUUUUCUGGUCUCCUUGUAUGGUACUAAGGGAGAAAGUGAAAACAGGCCACUCCAAAUAGCUGAAAUGUCUACAAACAAAACCUAUUCAUAUUUGAUCUACACUGAACUGGAUGUAGGAGAGCUGCUAAUGCUGAAAGUUAGAUGGGAUAAGGAGUCAUUCUUCAGCUUGUCAGACUGGUUUACAACAUACGCAUUCGACAUUCAGAAGAUCAGGAUAAAGUCUGGAGAGUUACAGAAAAAGUUAAUAUUUUGUCCUGAGCAUGGGAUGUUUGCCACUAUUACAAGAGGAAAAGGCCCAGUGGUAUUUGUGAGAUGUAAUGAACACUCCAGUGUGAAGAAACAUGAAUGAUGUGAGCAAAAUCUCUGCACUUUAAAACUCAUAUUGAUUGACGUUCUUGAAGCUCUGAAGAACAAGAACAUCUUUGGUUUCUACUCUGUCCAGUUUAUCUUCAAAUUAUGUUUGCAGACAUUUCAUAGUAGACAAAAGUAAACAGAUGGGAAACAAAAGACCACCUUCUUGAUAGCACGAAUGUAAAAUGAAAGUCACAUUAUUCUGUACAAGCCAUUUCCAUUCCAAGGAAUGCAAGCUGUCUGUGAACUGUGUUUAUGUAUUUUUAAAUAGAUUUUAGACAACCAAAAUGUAUUAUUGAAUAGUACAUGCUCAUUCCAUGCUGUUUAUGCACUGGAGUUUAAAUAACAAACCAAACUUGAAAUGCAGUUGAUGCGCUAUAGGAGUUACUAAUAACAUUUACAAAUU